AUGAGUAAGAAGCUGCCGCCCCAAGCCAGGUCACCUGAGAUGCAGGCACUGCGUGACUAUGUCACAGCAGCUGAUGGCAGCAGAUAUGCGAACCAGGCAGCAUCGACUCUGCGUCUCGAUGUCACACAUUCGAACCUGGUCCAGCGAUGGCAUGACCUGAUUUUCGACGCUGGCAUGACAGUGAGCAGAGUCAAGGAAAAGCUCUACUCCCAUGGCGGAACGCCUGCCGCAGAUCAGGAGCUGUACCUGCGGCGAGGCGGUGGGGACACCCUCUUUCUGUAUGAUGAGCGAAAGACGCUUGCGGACUACGGAGUGAAGAACGGAAUGGAGAUCCACAUCAAGGACACCAAUCCAUACUCGCUGUCUGCAAACGGUGGCCUGGAGGAUGUUAGUCAGGUGGAGAAGUACGUCAUGUCCGAGGAGGCUUAUGAUAAGCUAGAGAACAGCGUCCGUGCCAUCAAGCGCAGGGAAAAAGACAAGGCAGAGGCUGAGCUCGCAGCCAGAAUAGCGGCGGGUGAGGUCAUAGAAGAGGAGCCUGCGGAAAGCGCAGAGCAGGUCUCCGAGCGGAUUCCAAUGGGAAGCCGCUGUCAGGUCCAGCCCGGAGGCCGCAGAGGCGAAGUCGCCUUUGUCGGCUCAGUGCGGGGCAUCAAGGGCGUGUGGAUCGGUGUGCGCCUCGACGAGCCGCAGGGCAACAACGACGGCUCCAAGGAAGGUGAGCGCUACUUCAACUGCAGAGGCGACAAGUAUGGAUGUUUUGCGCGGCCUGACAAUGUCGAAGUUGGCGAUUUUCCUGAGCUGGACCCGUUCGCUUCGGAUGAAGAGUUCUGA